AUGGUCUCCACGAUUUGUAUCCCGUUUAUUACAUUACAAAUAGUGCUCAAGGUUUAUGAUGGCCUCGAUGAUAUGAGCAUGCAAAGUCGCUUUUUUCCAAUUUUGGACAUUCGCAAAAAUUCGUCACAUAUCGUUAAUAACGAUAGGAUGAAACUUCUACUUGUCACUCUUCUCUUUUCACUAGCUAUCACCAACACUAUAGCCCAAUGGGUUUUCGGCCCGAUGCCACCGCCGCCACCGCCGCCACCACCCGGACUCUUCUUUGGCCCGAGACCAAUGCCAGGGAUGUUCGCACCAGGGAUGUUUGGGCCGAGAGGCGGUUUCGGCGGAGGAUUCGGAGGACGAGGUGGUAUGGGUGGCCGCGGAGGACGU